CCCCGUGCAUCCCACGAGUGCCCGAGCAUAUAAGUCGCCCUCGCCUUCAUCCCAGAUCUCCCGAGGCGUGCACACCCAACGACGUCCAUCUAAUACAUCAUCGUCAACAUCAUCGCCCUCAAUACGAGAUCGCCUUCGGAAACCCACCCGGAUCCACAGCGACCCUUGAACCAGGCACCCGGGAGCAUACAUACGUCAUCGACCGCGCGAACGCGCUCCGACAAAAACCAUGUUCGGCUCAUACAGUUCACUAAGCUCGUCAGGCAGCUCCUACAACUCGGUCACAUCCCACAGCGUCUUCAGCAGCAUGUCCUCACCGCUGGAUAUCGCGCCGCGCUCGUCUUCGCGGCGGGGGCCAGACCAUGAGUGCGCCUAUCCCUCCUGGCCGCGGCGGUCUUCGCUCGGCGAGCACGACGCGUCGGAAGAGCGGGCGACGUCAUACAUCACAGACGAGGAGCUCUUCCUCGGCGAGAGUGAGGACGACGCGUGCAGCGUGUCGAGCCAAGGCAGCUCGUCUACGGUGCACUCGCCUCAGCCACCAGCCCUGACCGAGGCGGAAUUCCUGCAGUUGCAACGGGAGCAGCUGGCCUACGAGCGCGAGGUGCGGAGACUCUUGCUGGCCGAGAAGGAGCUGCGCCGGCGGCAGGCCGAACAGGACCACCGCCGGCGCCAAGCGGCAAUCAAGCGGCGCGCGGCGUCGGCAUCCAAGAAGGGCAAGAGCAAACUCUCGGCCAUGACCACCAUCGUCGAGGCCGAGUGAGUACCGGGCAGCGCUCCGCGGUUAUGGGCGUGGCGGAAUUCAGUCGCAUUCCGUCCCAGAUCGACUUGCAUCUUUGACUCUGAGUCACUGAGACGGUCACCAUCAGCCUUAUUUUUUUUCAACUGCCGGAACUGACCGGCCUUCGCCUGCCCGAUGCACUCCGAGUCGACGGUAUCGACUCAAACUAUCCACCCCAACUUUUGGCAUCCCACGUCUCGACCCCUU